GAAGAACGCACGUGGGGCUGGACUUUUACGGUUUAGAAGAGUGUGGUCCAUGGAGUGUCCCUUUCUUUGGGACAGAGUGUGAAGCCACAGAGGAAGCCUGACCCUCCCUUCUCGAGGCAUGGGCGACUGGAGCUUCCUGGGCCGACUGCUGGAGAAUGCCCAGGAGCACUCCACGGUGGUGGGGAAAGUGUGGCUCACCGUGCUCUUCAUCUUCAGGAUCCUGGUGCUGGGGGCGGCAGCGGAGGACGUGUGGGGCGAUGAGCAGUCUGACUUCACCUGUAACACUCAGCAGCCCGGCUGUGAGAAUGUGUGCUACGACCAGGCCUUCCCCAUCUCACACCUACGCUUCUGGGUGCUGCAGAUUGUCUUCGUAUCCACGCCCACUCUCAUCUACCUGGGCCACGUGCUGCACCUGGUCCGGCUGGAGGAGAAGCGACGGGGGGAGAACCUGCACACGGCCGACAGGUGCACAGAGGAGGCAGAAGGGCUGUUCACCAAUCACGAAGAGGCGGGAGGCAGAAAGAACAAUCCACCAAUCAGGGACGAGCGUGGCAAGAUCCGCCUACGGGGGGCGCUACUGCGCACCUACGUGUUCAACAUCAUCUUUAAGGCAGCGUUUGAGGUGGGCUUCCUUUUGGGACAGUACUUCCUGUAUGGCUUUAGGCUAAAGCCUCUGUACAAGUGUGCCCGCUGGCCCUGCCCCAACACAGUGGACUGCUUUAUCUCCAGGCCCACGGAGAAGACCAUCUUCAUCCUCUUCAUGCUGGUGGUGGCCUGUGUGUCUCUGCUGCUCAACCUGCUGGAGAUCUAUCACCUGGGCUGGAAGAAGCUAAAGCAGGGGGUGACCAGUGCCUUGGCUCCAGAUCAGGAGUCCUCACAGACCCACAGUGACAGGGUAGAGGUCUCCAGAACUCCCCCUCAAAGUCUGAACUUUCCCCCCAACUACACAGCGAUCACAGCUAACAGCACGGGCUUCCUGUCUCCUCUGGUGGGGCAGCCGCCCCCAUCCACACACUUCUACAUCAGCAACAACAACAACCACACUCUGGCCACUCGGCAGAACUGGGCCAACUUGGCCACGGAGCAGCAGACCAAGGACCUGCAGAGCCACUGGCCCCCCUCCUCAUGCAGUGUGGGGGUCCCUCCUCCAGGGGGCGCAGUAAGGCCGGAGGACAGCCCAAAGAGCACAGACCCGCGCCGCCUGAGUCGGGCCAGCAGGGGCAGCAGUGGGAGAGCGCGCCCGGAUGACCUGUCUGUCUGA